AUGUGGAAAAAGUACUCAUAUGAACUUCUUCGAAUCUAUCCAGGAUACACAAAUUACUGUGAUUGUGCCAGAAAAAUAUUCGAUGAAAGUUGUGAAAAGCAUCCCAAGUUUAAAUCGUUCAUAGAAAGUCUCGAGAAAGAACCCGAAUUUCAUCGACAACGAGUAGUCGACAUUCUGGCGGCUCCAGUACAGAGACUCGCAGGAGUGAAGCUUAUUCUCGAAAGGUUGCAAAGAAAAUCAAAAGGAGGGCAAAGUGCUGACAUUCAAAGAGCAAUCGAGACGGUUGGGGAUGUGCUUAGUCAAUCGAAUACCAUUAGACUGAAUAAUGAUAAGCACAUAGCGUCGCUCACCCUCCUGACUCAAGUUGAAGCAUUACCGACAACCCUCGUCAGCGGCUCGAACGAUAUGAUCCAAACCAUCGAUGGACGAUUCGUGUGUGCAUCUAACAAGACGAAUAUCAAAGAUAACAGAGAGAUCAAUGUAGUACUAUUUAGUGAUGCGACCGGUGAUGGUAAGUAA